AUGAGCAGCAAGAUUGACGAUAGCCCACGGGCUGAACAUAUCCAGGAUCAAGAUCUCAGCGGAGAUGAGAAUGUCGAUCUCGAGACUACGGAGCAUUUGCAGCGGCUGACGCCGGACGAGCUUGCAGUUGAGAAGAAGCUGAGGAAGAAGAUCGAUUUCAGGAUCAUGCCACUUACCGUCCUCAUUUACCUCAUGAACUACAUUGAUCGAAACAAUUAUGCCGCUGCUCGGCUUCAAGGGCUCCAGGACGACCUGGGGAUGACCGACAACCAGUAUCAGAUUGGCCUCUCGACCUUGUUUGUUGGAUACGUUCUCAUGCAAGUGCCCUCAAACGCUUUGCUGAAUUAUGUUGGACGUCCGUCCAUAUACAUUGGAUUCUUUACAACGAUUUGGGGAUUGGUCUCUGCCCUCACCAGCCAAGUCCAGAGCCCUGGUGGGAUCAUUGCCGCACGAUUUGUUCUUGGUUUUGUUGAAGCCCCUUUCUUCGCCGGCAUUCUGUUCUACCUCUCCAAGUGGUACACCAAAGAGGAACUCUCCCUGCGUAUGGCCAUAUUCUAUUCCGGUUCCCUCGUCAGCGGCGCAUUCGGAAACCUGAUCGCCGCGGGUAUCUUGAAUGGCCUGGCUGGGAAGCGUGGCUACGCUGCUUGGCAGUGGCUGUACAUCAUGGAGGGGUCAAUCACCAUCUUUUUCGGCCUUCUCCUGAUGCUCGUCCUGCCCGACUUCCCAGACACGUGGAACAGCCUUUCGGACGAAGAGCGCCGCGUCGCCAACCGACGUCUCGCCAUCGAGGCCGCCGAGGCCGACAUCGAUGAGAAACACGGCAUGUCGCACCUGCGCGGGAUCAAGCUGGCCCUUCAGGAUCCCAAGACAUACCUUCUCGCUGUUGCUUAUCACGGCCAAACGGGGGCGGCGGGCAUUCAGAAUUAUUUCCCUACUCUCACCGAGACCGUGACGCCGAACCACAUCGAUGCUCUGCUGCUUUGUGCACCGCCGUAUUUGUUCAUGGUCAUCUGGUCCUUUGCGCACUCGCGAGUUUCUGAUCACCUCAAGAAGCGUUUCUGGUUCUUUGUGUACCCAAUACCCGUCACAAUUGUCGGCUUUAUCCUGUUUAUGACGACCAGCAGCUUCGGAGCUCGUUACUUCAGUCUCUUCCUACAGGUCUUUGUUUUCGCAAUGAACGGCACGCUCUACGCCUGGAUCUCCUCCUCCAUCCCUCGACCUCCCGCAAAACGCGCCGCCGCAUUCGCCUUCAUCAACUCCGUAGGCAACGCUGCCUCGAUCUGGACCCCCUUUACCUAUCGAGAGCAAGACGCCCCCUACUACCGACCUGCUCUCGGGGUGUGCAUCGGGCUGCAGUGCAUCGCCUUUGCCUGCGCCCUCGCGCUUCGCGUCCUCCUGCAGCAACAGAAUAAGAGUCUGGCGAGGAUGGAAGAUGCUGGGGCCCAGCUCACAGAGAAUGACACAAGGAAGCUGCAGCUGACGGCCGAGGUGGAGGGUAUCAGUGUUGAGGAGGCGAGGAGCCUGCAGAGGGGAUUCCGGUAUUUGAUUUGAGGGUGUGGCUCGCCAAUGAUGCGCCUUUCUACACAUAGGCCUGGUUCAGUGUAUUGUAGGAACCUUCGUAUGAUGUGUUUGGCUUUCCCUCUUAUGUUGUAAAGAAUUGAGGAAGACAACUGUAAAGAGAAAGAAGAAGAAAAAAUGUCUUCGCUCUGGCGUGAUUC